GUCUGACUCUGCCGCCGCCGUCGCCGCGACGUCGAUGGACUGGGGAUGCGUCAACUGCUCGUUUGAGAACAACGCCCUCGCCCAGCGCUGCGAAAUAUGCAGUUCUAUUCGACCUGCUAGAUUCCAACACGUAGCCAUACCAGCGAAGAAGCGGCCACGCGUGACACCCACCGCGGCGAAAGGCAAGAAGAAUGGAGGAUGGAAACCCACCGUCGCUGCCUUUCAACCAGACGAGCGCAUGCUUGCAAGAAAGUUGAGUCAAAUGCGCGAAUGCCUGGGCGAUGCAUCUGUUGAUGACGAGCAACUCAAGCAUUUGCUGCAGAAGAACGCAGGGAGUGUAAGUUUCGCGGUUGCGUCCUACUUCGACUCGAUGGCACAGACACAAGCGAAAGCGAUGACGAAUGACAGUCAGUACUGGAUCAAUCGCAUGUGCCCCCACGACUACUACCUUGGUGCAUGCGCUGUGGAUGCGCAUGUGACCCGCCGGGAUGACGGUGCCUUACGCACUGGUGCUAGGCUCCAUCUUCAGAUGGAAGGAGUUAUGCUGCGCAUCAUGACUGAGAAAGGAGUUGUGCUGGGUCGCAUCGAUGAAGCAUGGGAGGGCAUGAUUUGCCCCUUGAUCCAAUCUAAUCUGAUCAAGGUCGGCGCGAAUGUGCUCGACGCCCCCCCACACACGACUGUGUUUUCCCGAUUUCAGUUGCACGUCCAUGUGUUCGCCGUUCCCAUUCUCUGGAGCAUGUUUCAAGUUGACGACGGGACCAACGCAAGCGUCAAGGAGCACUUAUUUCAGCUCAUGGACGCUUUGCACAACAAACGCGCGGUCGCGCCGUCGUCGUUCAUUAAACUUCCCGGCGAAACCAACGACAAGAUAAACUCCGAAACAGACGUCGACGCGCUGUACUCGGCCGCCGCCGCCAUCGAGACGCGGUAUGAUUCCGCACAGGUGCAUGCAAAGCUCCAUGGGAUCACAUUGCGGUCGUACCAAGAUCAAGCGCUGCAGUGGAUGCUUCAUCGCGAACUGUACAAAGAUUCAUCCAGCGACGGAAAAACCAUCGGCCUGGCACUGCGCGUCGACGCGAAGCAGGCCACGCUUGACGAACCCGAUAUCCAUCCGCUAUGGGAGAAGCGAGAAUGCACCCAGGGCCACCAGCGACAUCCGACGCCGUUCUACAUCAACACGUUCGAACGGGUGGUUUCCUUGUGCAUUCCGCCGCCGCCGCGUCCCUGCCUUGGAGGAAUCUUAGCCGACGAUAUGGGCAUGGGCAAAACCAUCAUGAUUCUGGCGCUGGUGUUGGCGCGCACGUUCGUUUACACAGAAGACCGUCGGUCGCCAUCGACAGACGUUGGCAACUCCGUGACUGGCAAGACAUUGGUCGUCUGUCCGCUAAGUUUGCUGCAUCAAUGGAAGCACGAAUUUGAAACCCGUGCGCCGUCGCUAUCUGUUUUCAUGCACUACGACACUAAACAGGUCCAAACGGCGGACCUGACCCGCAGCGACGUAGUCUUGACUACAUAUGGUGUCCUCGGCAGCGAAUUUGAAAAGAAGAGUGGCAUUCACGACAUCGUGUGGAAUCGGAUCAUCCUGGACGAAGCGCACUCGAUCAAGAACAAGUCCACGACCUAUUUUAAAUCGAGCAGUGCGAUCAAGGCGUCGCAUCGGUGGUGCUUGACUGGCACGCCAAUUCAAAACUCGCUCGAGGAUAUUCUGGCGCUAUUAACCUUUCUUCGCUACGAGCCUUGGAAUAAAACCGAGUGGUGGAAUCGAGUCGUGGCCCUGCCGUACGAAAAAGGUCAACAGUGUGCCCUUGUGCGUCUCAAGGCAAUCCUGCAACCAAUUUUGCUCCGACGGACCAAAUAUUCACGCGACCCCGUGACAAAUGAACUGAUUGUGCAGCUUCCUCCCAAAUCGAUUGAAACGAUUCGUCUUGAAUUUUCCCGUGAAGAGCGGCAGUUCUAUCAAGCUGUGUACACGAAAAGCCAAGGAGAGUUCUACGGGUAUGUGGCCAAUGGAACUGCUGCAGCGAGCUACGUUGCGAUUUUUGCGCUGCUGCUGCGACUACGACAAGCUUGCGACCACCCGUUCUUGGUCGUGGGGAAAGACACUGCUGACGCGUCGUUAAAACCAGCCAAGACGAAUCUCGAUUCAAAAGGGCAAACGAAGGAGGGGUACUUUGCCGAGUUGGCCACCAUCAUGCAACAAACGAAGCCGCAAGAAGAACUCGCGUACAUCAAGAAUCGGAUAUUGGAGAUUCAAGAAGAGGGGUUGGAUUGCCAGGAGUGUCCUGUGUGUUUGGACGUCCCCACCGCCCCCGUGCUGACCCCGUGCGGCCACUUGAUGUGCAAAGAGUGCGUACUGGGGUUUUUGAAUGCCGGUGCUACGGCCUGCUGUCCCGUAUGCCGCGCAGACGUGACCCCUGACCAACUCGUACCCAUCGAUCCACCUGAAAAGCUUUUGUCUUCGAGUGCAUCUACCGACAACGCUCACGGCAUGUGGGCGGGAAGUGCCAAGCUGAAGCAGCUUGUGUCGGACUUGAAGUCGAUUGAGGCUGGGCGAAAAGUCGUGGUGUUUUCACAGUGGACGCACAUGCUCGACUUGGUGGAGACAACGCUGCAGCAGCACGGGUACUCCCACUGCCGGUUUGAUGGAUCGUUGAAACAAGAUGACCGUGAAAGAGUACUCCAUCGGUUCAACUCGAACCCGGACGUCCAAGUGUUGGUGAUUUCACUGAAAGCGGGCGGCGUGGGGUUGAAUUUGACCGCUGCAUCCGUCGUGAUCAUGAUGGACCCGUGGUGGAACCCGGGCAUUGAAGACCAGGCAAUCGAUCGCGUGCAUCGGCUUGGUCAAACUCGGGACGUGCUUGUGAAAAAGUACAUUGUGGAAGACACUGUCGAAGGUAUGAUUUUGCAACUGCAGCAGCGCAAGGCGACUCUCGCGUCGACCGUGCUGGCCACGUCCAAGUCUGGCGCGGAGAACGAUGGCCGCUUGAGUCUUGCCGAUUUAUUGAAGUUCUUUGCCUGAUUCAGCAACAGGCAAUUGCGACAGUGCCAAUAAAUGAUGUACCAUCUGCGCCAAGGGACACUCGAGAUAUCAACCACAAAACACGAUCCACGGCGGCAACUCAAACACAUUAAAGAGGGCUUACAAGGCAAGCGCAGCAAUAACAAGCGAAAUGGCGCUAAGGGCGGCAACAGAGAUUGAACUAU